GCUCGGGAACUCUCGCGUGGUUUUCCAGGGACUACAGGCGGGUUGAAAGCGGAGGAGAGGUUGAGAGGCUGGGCUCCGCUUCUGCAGAGCCGAAGCCGGUUUAUUCCGGGCCGCCGCUAGUGUUUUGCUUUGGGGAUCCUCUCAGGUCGUCCUGGCCAUUCUUCCCAACGGUUGAUUGGGGACAAUCUUUGAAGGCAUUCCCCCCCCUUUCACUAGCUCCGCCCUCUUCCGGUUCGGCCUCUCCUCGGAGGGGAGGGGAAGGGAAGAUGGCGGGGCUGUGCGAGAGCGCCGUGCGCACGCGCGAGCCCGAGUGCGCUCUUGUGCGUGCACGCGCAUGCGCGCGCUCCUGCGUUUAGGAAGCCGGUGUGUUGGGAGAUGAGCGGGGCAGUCCUCUGCCAGUGGUACCAGACUCCGACUGCACCGACUCCCCACCCACCCUCCUCAGCCUUCUCCCUCAGCCUUCGUUCGUCCACUGCAGGACCAGGCUCGAAAAUUAAAACAAAAUGAAGAUUUUUUCUGAAUCUCAUAAGACGGUGUUUGUUGUGGAUCACUGCCCGUACAUGGCAGAGUCAUGCAGACAGCAUGUAGAGUUUGAUAUGCUGGUGAAGAAUAGGACCCAAGGAAUUAUCCCUUUGGCUCCCAUCUCUAAAUCCUUAUGGACUUGCUCAGUAGAAUCAUCCAUGGAAUAUUGUAGAAUAAUGUAUGACAUAUUUCCUUUCAAAAAGCUGGUGAAUUUCAUUGUGAGUGACUCGGGAGCACAUGUUUUAAAUUCUUGGACUCAAGAAGACCAAAACUUACAGGAGCUCAUGGCAGCACUGGCUACUGUGGGCCCCCCUAACCCUCGGGCAGAUCCAGAGUGCUGUAGCAUUCUGCAUGGGCUUGUUGCAGCAGUGGAGACCCUUUGCAAAAUUACUGAGUACCAACAUGAGGCUCGCACUUUACUCAUGGAGAAUGCAGAACGAGUUGGGAAUAGAGGACGGAUAAUCUGCAUUACAAAUGCAAAAAGUGAUAGUCAUGUACGGAUGCUCGAAGACUGUGUCCAAGAAACAAUUCAUGAGCAUAACAAGCUUGCUGCAAAUUCAGAUCAUCUCAUGCAGAUUCAAAAAUGUGAGUUGGUCUUGAUUCACACCUACCCAGUUGGUGAAGAUAGCCUUGUAUCUGAUCGUCCUAAAAAAGAAUUGUCCCCGGUUUUGACGAGUGAAGUCCACAGUGUCCGAGCUGGGCGGCAUCUUGCUACCAAGUUGAAUGUUCUAGUCCAGCAACAUUUUGACUUGGCUUCAACAACUAUCACAAAUAUUCCUAUGAAGGAAGAGCAGCAUGCCAACACAUCGGCCAACUAUGACGUGGAGCUACUUCACCACAAAGAUGCACAUGUAGAUUUCCUGAGAAGUGGUGACAGCCACUCAAGCGGCAGCGGUAGAGAAGGCCCGUUUAAAGAGACAGUGACCCUGAAGUGGUGCACGCCCAGGACCAACAGCAUUGUGUUUUCCUUUGUUUCAGAACUACACUAUUGCACUGGAGCUUAUCGGAUCUCCCCUGUAGAUGUAAAUAGUAGACCUUCUUCCUGCCUCACUAAUUUUCUCCUCAAUGGUCGAUCCGUGUUGUUGGAACAGCCACGAAAGUCAGGUUCCAAAGUCAUCAGUCACAUGCUUAGCAGCCAUGGAGGAGAGAUCUUUUUGCAUGUCCUUAGCAGUUCUCGCUCCAUUCUAGAAGAUCCGCCUUCCAUUAGUGAAGGCUGUGGAGGAAGAGUUACAGACUACCGGAUCACAGAUUUUGGUGAAUUUAUGAGGGAAAACAGGUUAACUCCUUUUCUAGACCCCAGAUAUAAAAUCGAUGCAAGUCUAGAGAUCCCGUUGGAACGUGCAAAGGAUCAGUUAGAAAAGCACACCCGUUACUGGCCCAUGAUUAUUUCACAAACCACCAUUUUCAACAUGCAAGCGGUAGUACCAUUAGCCAGUGUUAUUGUGAAAGAGUCUUUGACAGAAGAAGACGUGUUAAACUGUCAGAAAACUAUAUACAACUUGGUUGAUAUGGAAAGGAAAAAUGACCCUCUUCCUAUUUCUACAGUUGGUACCAGAGGAAAGGGCCCUAAGAGGGAUGAACAGUACCGUAUCAUGUGGAAUGAAUUAGAGACCCUUGUCAGAGCCCAUGUCAGCAACUCAGAGAAGCAUCAGAGAGUCUUGGAGUGUCUGAUGGCCUGUCGGAGCAAGCCCCCGGAAGAAGAAGAGCGGAAGAAGCGAGGGAGGAAGAGAGAGGACAGGGAGGACAAGUCAGAGCAAGCAGUGAAGGAGCACGGGCCGGAAAAGCCCCGGCCAGACUCAGACAGGUUGAAGGGGAUUUUAGAACGAGGGAAAGAAGAGUUGGCUGAAGCAGAGGUUAUAAAGGACUCACCUGACUCCCCAGAACCUCCAAACAAAAAACCUCUUGUUGAAAUGGACGAGACGCCACACAUGGAAAAGUCUAAAGGGCCAGUGUCCUUAUUAUCCUUGUGGAGUAACAGAAUCAACACUGCCAAUUCCAGAAAGCACCAGGAGUUUGCUGGACGUCUGAACUCUGUCAAUAACAGAGCUGAGUUAUAUCAACACCUUAAGGAGGAAAAUGGUGAGGAGGUCGGACUGACUGGAGGACCCCGAACUUCAAUCCCUUUCUUAAAGUGCUCACAUUCUCCUGUUGUUAAUAGGAUGGAGACAACAGAAAAUGGAAAAGCCAGCCGUCAGUGAAGAGUGACUUGAGAAACUAAGUUUGGUAUAUUGCAAAAAUAUUUUGGGCAGAAUUUGAUAUAAGUACUUUUACAGCAAGAUUGUAUAGCUAUGUUGCCUGGACUGGUUUUUACAUUUUUAAAGAAUUUCAACAAAUUAUCUUUUUUGUACUAAUUCUAAGAUUGGCAGAGUCAAAAUAUAUACAUUUGAGAUUUGUCCUCCCAAAUCACAGUUUAUUUUAUGGUAAAAGGUGUUCCCUCUGGAAAUGUUUUUUAAAAAAAUUCAUAGGCUUCUCUUUGCCAAAUAAAACUAUUAAAAUGUAUGAAAUGCAAAGUAUUGGAGUGUUGCUUUAGAAAAAAAAGAUAUAUUACUCUCAGUUCUAACAGGAAUUUAUAAAACUCGAUCAGAAUUUAGGGGAGAUUUGUAGUGUUUAACAUGAGAUCUUAACUGUCUGCAUUAUGUACAGCUAGCCCUUCUCCAAGGCAGACUACUGGGUAGGUUUCAUUUUUAAUGCUUUGCCUUUAUGUGCACAUGAGUUUGUCUGCUACCCAUUUAAGCCAGAAUUUUCAAGUAGUCAGUGUGACUUUAUAUUAUCAGUUUGACAUAAUACAUUUUUUUUUCUGUUAAUUUUUUGUUUCAUUUUGUUUUUCAAGACAGGGUUACCCAAGUGACAGAUCUAGGCUUCAGCAUGCAGACACAAUCCAGAAUCACUUUUUAGUUGAAACAAUUUGUAUUUGUUGAAAGACAAACUGUACCUUGCCUAAAUCAUAUCUCUGAAGAUUCUGUAAUGCAUCCAGAUAUAACACUCAGUUUAGAUGUUUAUUGCAAACAGACCCUCCUCCCCAAGUUCAAAAUGAGUAUCAGUUUCCAUUCAGGUCGUCUUCAGUUUGGAAGUUCUGGGGAAUUGCCACAGAGUGAGCCACAUGCCAGAUGUGGUGCUAAGUACAUAUUUCAUUUUGUCUUUACAAUCAGUGCAUUGAGAUAAUCAAGAAAAGGGAAAGUAAUAGAGCUAGGUUUUGAGCCUCAAAUUUUCACUAUUGAUAAUGAAUUUUUUUUAAAGGAUUUUUAGUGUGUAUGAGUGUUUGCCUUAUAUAUGUAUGUGCAGUGUGUGCAUGCUUGGUGCCCGUGGAGGCCAAAAGGAAUAUCAGGUGCCCUGGAACUAGAAUUACAGAUGGUGUGAACUGUUACGCCGUGCCAGGAACCAAACCCUGGUCCUCUGCAAGAGCAGCCAGUAUUUUUAACUGCUGAGCCAUCUCUCCAGCCCUUUGUUUUGUUUUUAAAAGAUUUUAAAUAGUAUUUUCUGUUUGACAGCUUCACACGUAUACUGUGUCUUUUGAUCAUAUCAGCUUCCUGCCCCUCUUUCUAACCUUACUGCUCCUCUUUUCUUUCUUAUAACCCUUUGAGUCUAGUUAGUGUUCCCUGCAGAUACAUAGCUGUGCAACCAUUGAUGAGAGCUUGGGCAGAGGUUACAGCCCUGAGGAAAAAUGAUUCCUUCCUCCCCUAGCAGAUGUCAAGUGCUGGUACCUCCUCAAUCAAGUAGGGAUGUCACCUCAAGCCCAACCCUAUCCAUGCUGGAACAUUAACUGACCUGAUCUUGUGUGAGUGUGCAGGGUGGUGGGGGUGGUACCAUAGCUGCUGGGAGUUCAUGAGUACAAUGACCAUAACCGAAGACCAUUCACCAGAUUCCUCCCUACGCUCUAGCUCUUACAUCCCUCUUCCAUGCAAUCCCCAGAGUAUUGGCAGUGGUUGAUACAGAUGACCCAUUUAGGGCUGAGCACCCGACAGUCACUUAUUCCCAGGACUUGGACAGUUAUGAGUCUGCAUCGACUGCUGCCCAAUUCCAAAAGAAGCUGCUUUGACCAAGAAUCUUAGGCACUGGUUUUCCCAGAACAUUGAUGCUGUAGAAGCUCUCCCCUGAGGGGAGUGGGGAUCUAUGAGUAAGCAGUUGUUAAUAGCGUGAGAGGAAUGGAUUUAGGAAACACUGAAGGAUUGCAGGCUUGUCAGACCCUCUUCCUUUAAUGAAUUCUACAGUACUGCUUAUUUGAUGGCCUUGUAAUCUUUGUACACUCUUGAAGUAAAUUCAUAAGCUGGGUGAGGUAUGAUUCUGUAGCAAAUAAUCUGGAAGUUGAUAAUAUUCUUCUUUUGGCAUCUGGCAAGCUGUUGGGGUGAGUAAGGAAAACAAAGACUUGACUAUUUCAUGCUCAUUUUGUUUGGCUCCAUUGAAGUUACAUUAGCCCUUCGCUCCCUUGGAGCAUCUUUGAGAAUUUUGAAGUAGUCUCCUGCUUUCCGUCUUACAUCCUAUAAUUCAGGUAAGGUUUGCAGAGCUUGCUGCUGCAAUUCUUGCAGUAGUGCAGAAAUGUAACACGAAUCUUAAAUGUUCUUAUUAAUAAGAACAAACCCAAAGCCAGGUAUUGGGGUGAACGCUGGAAGAUCAGAGCAGCAGAACAAACCACAGCCACCUCACCUUGCCAAUUCCUCAGGUGAUCCUGUUUCCUCAGACUGGAGGCCUCUGAGUCCUCAUCCAGAAUGGCUCUCAGCUGAACUGCUACUCAAAAGCCUAAAAGCGCCGGGCAGUGGUGGCGCACGCCUUUAAUCCCAGCACUCGGGAGGCAGAGCCAGGCGGAUCUCUGUGAGUUCGAGGCCAGCCUGGGCUACCAAGUGAGUCCCAGGAAAGGCGCAAAGCUACACAGAGAAACCCUGUCUCGAAAAACCAAAAGAAAAAAAAAACACCUAAAAGCUUAACCCGCGUUAGUUCCUGGUUUUCACGCCUUAUAUACCUUUCUGCUUUCUGCCAUCACUUCCUGGGAUUAAAGGCGUGAGUCACCAUGCCUGGCUGUUUCCAGUGUGGCUUUGAACUCACAGAGAUCCAGAUGGAUCUCUGCCUCCCAAGUGAUAGGAUUAAAGGUGUGAGUGCCACCAUUUUCUGGCCUCUAUGUCUGUCUAGUGGCUGUUCUGUUCUCUGAACCCAAAUAAGUUUAUUAGGGUGCACAGUAUUUUGGGGAACACAGUAUCACCACACAACAGUAUUCCAUAGGCAGCAGAGUGACCUAGUGAAGCAAUGGCUGGCAUGCCACCUCAGCCAGCACUGGGAUGGCCUCACGGUCCCUAGAGAAAGAUUCAGGUGGAAGUGUUCUGCCAGUCUUUGUACCAAAGACACUCUGGAACACCAGGAGCCUUGGCAGUUGCGCUGAGUGGUUUCAGGUAGUCUGCGGGCCUCGUCUUUGAACUCUCUCCAGCCCUAGCAAUGAAGAUAACACCACCAGCACAACCAGGUGGGUGGUGCACGCCUUUGAUCCCAGCACUCAAGAGACAGAGGCAGGCUAUCUCUGAGUUUGAGGCUGGCCUGGACUACAAAGCAAGUUCAGGAUAGUCAGGGCUACGUAAUAAGACCCUGUCUCAAAAAACAACAACCAAAAACAAACCAGCACAGCUGGGGCUUCUGCUUAAUCAGCAGUCCUUUAUCUGUGCUCCUGCAGAUGAUGUUCUGUGUUCCAUACUUCCUGUACCACCAAAGACGGAGGGGAGUGUCCUUAAGUAGUGGAAACUAAGGUUCAGACUAGGUGGCUAACAUGCCUAGAGGGACAAAAGAGGGCUUGAUUUAAGUCCAAAAUCCAGGUGUUUUUUAUUUCAAACUGAAAGGUGGGAUGCUACGCUGGGAAAGUGGCAGAUUUUGGAGUAAAAGAUACAUAACCAAUCUGCUAGACUGGUUAGAUUUUACAUUAACUGACAAGAGCCCCAGUUUCUUCAAGUAAAAAAGGGAAUGAACUUACCUUGCAAUGAUGUUUCCAUAUUAAUUGAUAUACUUCAUGAGUUUCUUGGCAAGAGAUCAUCACUCCACCAAGCUUAUCUGUUCUUUCCUCUUCCCUCCGGCCUUCCCUUCUCCUUGCUUCCUCACCCUCUUUCCGGUCUUUCUCUUCACCUACUGGAGUCAUUGCCUCUCUCCACCCAUCUUCACAUCAUAGUGGAGUCUUCCUUCCAUUCCCUCCUCUGCUUGUCCUUUACUCUCCCUCUCACACCCAGACCAACAUGAGUCCACUCUCAGAUGAAGUACUGCUUAGUGGCUCUGGGUACCUCCUGCACUGCUUCUGGCCUUGUUCUGACCCAUGGGUCGGGCUGUGCCUCAGCUGGAGUCAUUGAAGAGAAGCAACUAGAAUGCUAGCUCUCACAGAUCCUUAGUUACUAUGGAGAUAUGCUGUAAUGCCAAGCCCCAAAUCAUAGGGAAGAUAAAAAUUGUCCUAGGAAAGGGAAGUAGUGAGAAAUAUAUUCAGUUUUUAUGCAUUCUUAUAGGACUGCCAUUCCUUUUUUUCUUUUCUUUCAAGACAGGGUCUCCCUUUACAGCAUAGGCUGACCUCAAAUUCAUGGCAAUCCUGCCUCAGCCUCCUGAGUGUGAGGUUUCACUUGCAAGAUUUUCACAUAUAUUCAUUUUGUAAAAUGCUAUGAGGAUUUUUAAAACCCAGGAUCGGCUUACCUCUCCAGCCUCAUUUCCUGUCACUCCCCAACUGUCCCUGUGUAUUAGCAAUAGGAGGCUGCAGUGGCUCCCAACACACCUCGCUUAGUCCACCUUUGGGCUCAGUGGUUUUUGACUUCUUCAGUAUCUAGAAACCUGCCUUUUAAAAAUAAUAAUAACAACAACAAAUCCAGCAUUGAUACUAACUCAGCUUUUGCCAACAUCUUCCCAAAUAAUGUUCAAACUGAAUAUGGCCUCCACAGCAUGCAAGUGUUCCCACUGAGUCCACUGUACUGUAUUACUUAUACUUUUUAGUUUGUAUUUCUGUGUACCUUGCUGGUGUAUUAACUGUGAACUCUAUCAGAGGCUUCUUCAUAUUAACUCCUAGACCAGAAACCCGGUAAGCAGAUGAUACAUUCUUCUGAAAGAGACACUAAAUGCGGAAAUGCAGAAAGAAGAGAAGGGCUCGGCACUGAUGUAUGUGGAAGUACUUUAUAAAUUGUGGGCUGCUGUUUGGGGGCAAUUGGCUGAUUCUGCAGUUCUGCAAAUACAUUGAAAUUAUUUUAGAAGCUAAAGGCAGCUUUCUUUUUUAAAAUUGUAGGUUGAAAAAAAAACAGCAGAUGACAGUUAUCUCUAUUUAAAAGUUACUUAAGAAGGGCAAGGGAAAUGGCUGCAGUAUCACAAGAACCUGGGUGUGAUCCCCAGCACCCACAUAAAAGCUGGGCGUGGCAGUGAGUACCUGCAGUUCCCACACAGGAGCCAGAGAUGGGAGGGCCUCAAGGACUGGCUGGCCAGCCCCUCCAGCUGAAACGGUAAUAAACUCCAGGUUCAGUAAGAAAUGUCUCAAAAAAUAAUGUGGGAGCCAGGAAUGAUGGCACAUGUCUUCAGUCCCAGUACUGGGCAGACAGUUCAAGGACAGGCGAACCGACACAGAGAACGCUGCCUUAAAAAAUUAGGAAUAAAAAUGAUGAGGGAAGCUGGGUGGUGAUGGCGCAUGCCUUUGGUCUCAGCACUUGGGAGGCAGAGGCAGGUGGAUCUCUGAGUUUCAGGAUGGGCUCCAAAGCUACACAAAGAAACACUGUCUUAAAAAAGAAAAAGAAAAAAAAAAAAGAUAGGAUAGAGGAUGACACCCAAAGUCAACUUCUGGCCCCUCAUACAUACAUGGAGUUGAGCACACAUGAAAGUAGGAGGGACUUGUGGUAAAGAUGCGGUUCAGUGAGAGAAGAGAAUUGGGAGGGAUUGUGAUCAUAGUACAUUAUAUAGGCAUGGAGUAGUGAACACAUUUAAGAACAAGGCUAUAAAAGAAGAAAUGGAAGAAAAACCUGUAUGACCUAGGAUCAUGCAAACAAUUCUUAGGAUGUAAGAAUUGCAUAGUGACUAGAAUGGUUACUUCCAGCUGGCAGUAUUGGGUGCUGGCAGGAAAACUGGGGCAUUCAUGCACAGUUAAUGAGGUUGCCAAAGGGCUCAGCUACUGUGAAAAAGAGAAGAGAAUCAAACUGAUCAUCAAAGGAAUGAAGCCUUCAUUUGAUUUCUGAAUUUUCUGGCUUAAGAAUUAGCAAAAGAAAGGUGGUCCUGUCACUGUCAACAGUUACUGGGAGCCCUUUGUAUGUACUAUAACUGCUCAAGCAUAAGAACCAUCCUGUUUCUAUACAGUCAGGGCAGACAGAAGCAGGAACAAAGCAGCCUUACCAAUACAGUGAGCCAGGAAUGUGGGACAGGCUUGUAGCCCAGCGUUUGGUAGGCUAAGGCAGGAAGAUGGUGAGUUGGAAGCUAGCCUGGACUAAAGAACAAGUCCCUUCUGUUUUUCUUAUUUUGAAUUCUUAUUUGAAUUCUUAAAAUAUCCACUUUAACAUUUGCUAUUUAUUCAUUUAAAUUGUGCUAAAAAACAAAAACAAAAAACCAGCUAGGACCUCCCAUUUGAUUGACAAGCCCUCUGCUGAGCCACAGCCCGCCCCCCUUCAUUUGCUUCCUUUGUUGUUUGUUUUUGUUUUUUGAGAUAAGGUUUAUUCAAACUCAGGCUCCUGAUCUUUUCUGCCACCCCCAAGUGCUAGAAUUGCAGAACUAUACUGCCAUGCCUGGCUUCUUGCUUUCUUUUAACAGGAAAUCCCUCCUUUUAAGCUGAUUUUUUUCAGGUAUUCUGUUCCAGCAAUAGAGACAUGACCAAUACACAGCUGUUAUCUUGAUAGAUACUAUUUCUUCCUUAUUCCUUUACGUCAUUACCUUGUUCUGGAAUAAUCAUUAGACCUCACUGUUUGGUGUUUGUGCACGAGCCCUGGCUCACAUGUGAAGUCAGAGGACAACUUGUGGGGGUCAGUUCUUUCCUUCCACUGUGUGGGUUCCAGGAUUGAACUCAGGUCGUCAGGCUUGGCCUCGUCUGAGCCAUCCUGCUGACUCUAAAUCUCACUCUUUCAACUUUUGUUUCAUAUUUUCAUCUCUAUUUAGGAUAUGUUCAGAAUUCCUUUGUGUCUGUCUUCCCAUUUGCAAAUCCUUUCUUCAGGUAUAGACAUUUCUUUCUUCUGUGACCACUCCUGUCUACUCACACUUUUAUUUUUGACUUCUAAACAUUCUGUUUGGUUACUUUAAAACACGUUGCUGGGUGGUUUUAUUUAUUGCACAUGCCAUAAAUCCCAGCACUCUAGAAGCAGAAGCAGGCGGAUUCAUGAGUUCAAGGCCAGCCUGGUCUACAGAGUGAGUUAUAGGACAGCCACGGCUACACAAAGAAACCCUGUCUUGAAAAAUAAAAAUAAAAAUAAAAAAAUAAAUGUUUUGUUAUUUAGGAUGCCUUGUUCUUUGCCUUCAGUAUCUUACUUUUAAGGAUGUUGUGCCCCCAAACAAGGAAUUGGACAGAGGGACAAGCAAAGUGAGAGAAUUUUGUGGUAAUUUUUAGGAUUACAUUAAAAUAAGUAAAUAAAUAAAAUGAAAAAUACAUUAAAACAUCAGGAGGGUAAUACAUUUAAGAAAGAAAAUGUCAAAGCAUUUAUCUACAGUUCCCUAACUUGGGUGGGGAGAAACUUGUUUGGCAGAGUGUUAAUGGGCUGGCAGGAAGUGUUUUGUUUGUAUUCAAAUAAGCUUGGAAACUCUGGCUGAGGUUAACAUAGGCAGGACUUUUAAAGGACCAUGUAACAUUUAAACAUGUAAACAUGGGUUUACAAAUGAGAAUAGGCCCUUGAGCUCCUAACUUCGCGCGCGCGCGCGCGCAGCACACACACACACACACACACACACACACACACACACACACACACAUACUCACACUCCACUGUCAUUUCUGAUGAUGACUGCUAUCCCAAGCCAACUGGAAGUGGGUAGAGAGCCUGGUUGAAAGGUUUACAACAAGCCCCCACGGUCAGGCGUGUCUGCCUAUGCCUGGCGGAUACUUCCGCCUGGCUAGGUCCAGGUCCAGAUAGCCAUUUCCGGGUCAGGGCAUCUCGCGGGACCAAGAUCCAUGACGUCCCACUAGCCACGUAAGCGCGCAACGUGGCCAUGUGAUCUACGCGCUUGCGUGUAGUAGUGACGCUGAUCUGUCCACGCCCAGCCUUUAAAAUCAGGCGCCAUGUUCCCGGUUCCUUCUUCCUCUCCACACACGUGUUUCCCACAGGCCUGCUCACUCUCUGUCCCUUUAAUAAAACUCUUGUUAGCGGAUUCUGUCGUGUUUCGUGGCAUUUCCUUGCAGGGUAAGCACACAACGCAGUCGAAAAACUAACAUUUUUGGUGCCGAAACCGAGCGGGCGCUUCCGGGCGCCCGGCGCCUGGCGCCUGGAAACCCGUAAGCCGGGGACUGCAACACUCUGCUCCGUACGCGACAGACCGCUCUCCAUUUCGCCUGACCGCAAAAAUUCCAUGCAACACCGCUUUCUCCGAUUGGUGAGUCCCCCCAUUUUCGGCCAGCGUAAACGGUUUCCUGAAUCUGUGAGACCGACCGUUGAUCGUCCGGCGCCUCACCAGUAUUCUUGAGACCGGGGGAACCCCCGACCACGGUCUUCACUGGCUACGGUCGGCCCCUAUCGCAGGCCUCAGAUUUACACCCUCUCCCACGUCUGCAGCCUGAGAUAUUUCUCGCGUUGGGACCACCGCCGUUGGGUGCGUCCUGGGGGCCACGUGGGGCCGACGCGUUCAUCCGACUUGACGAAGCGGCAGACGCUGUCCGGGUUCCCGGGGAAUCCUUUCCUCACGUGGCGAGGGCCCCUGUUUCUGUGGCUGACGAGCUAAGGAACAGCUUGUGCCCGGUAUCCGUCCUUGGCCUUGGGGACGCCUGGGGCCUUGGCUCCGGAUCACGUUUGUUUUUUUUUCUUUUUUAUUUUUUUCUGCCUCUCCGCUGCAGACAUGGGAAACAAGGCUUCCAACCCUGUUAGUCCUUCCUCUCCGUUAGGCUGUCUUGUUGAAGCUUUAAAACCUCUCAGUUUAAUGCCUUACAUAAAGAUUCCUAAGUUAACUCGUUUAUGUUCAAAAAAAUGGCCAAAAUAUUCUUUAGAAAACAACAAAAAAUGGCCGCCGAGCGGCUCCUUAGAUCCGAUAUUUUACGGGAGUUAUCUAAUUUCUGUCAGCGCUCAGGCAGAUGGAAAGAGUUGCCCUACGUUAUAGCAUUUUUCUUUCUCAGUGCUAAACUGUCUCUUCUGGAUUCCUUCUCUCCUGCUCAUAUGCUCCUGGCUAUGCCUGAACCGGAGGAUUCUCUGACUCCGGAAUCUCUGACUCUAGAUCCUGCUAACGAACCUCCACCUAUUCGACCUCCAGCUCCAACUCCUAGAACAACUGUUCCUUCCGCUCCCCUUCCGGAUUCUUCUUCUAAAGCUGUUCCUUCCUCGGCAGCGGCCGGUUCCAAAGGCCCUGCCCUAGCUCCAAACUUCACUCCUCCUACCACCCGCUCUCGGGCUGCUAAACUGCCGGAUACCAGCCAUCCAAAACCUUCCACUGUUCUCCCUUUGCGAGAGGUGGCUGGUGUGGAUGGACUGAUUAAAGUUCAUGUUCCAUUCUCUCUAGCAGAACUCUCUCAGAUAGAAAGUAAGCUGGGUUCUUAUACUUCUAAUUCUGCUGCCUUUAUUAAACAGUUUCAAUAUAUAACUCAAUCUUAUAGUCUCACCUUUCAUGAUAUAUUCAUGAUACUUUCUAAUAACUUACUUCCUGAGGAGCGCAGGCGGGUUUGGGAGCAGGCUAGGAUUCAUGCAGACGAAAUUCAUCAAACUAACCUCUCACACCCGCCAGGAGCUGAGGCGGUUCCUGACCGAGAGCCACACUGGGAUUAUAACACCCAGGGUGGCUGUCUAGCCAGAGAUAGGUUUAUUACCUGUCUCCUGACAGGUCUCCGUAAGGCUGCCCUAAAACCAGUAAACUAUGAGAAACUAAAAAUGGUUAUUCAAGAUAAAGACGAAAAUCCAUCUCAUUUUCUAGAGCGGCUCACCAAGGCUCUACUUCAGUUCACUAGCUUAGACCCAGAGAGCCCUGAGGGCAGGCAGCUGCUAAUGACCCACUUUGUCUCACAGAGCUUCCCUGACAUUAGGGAUAAACUUAAACGUUUGGAGAAUGGCCCUCUAACUCCACAGGCAGAUAUGCUGGCGAUAGCAUUUAAGGUGUACCAUGGGAGAGAUGAAAAAGCCCAUAAAAGGAGCUGCCAGAUGCUGGCAAGCACUGUCCGACCGGCUCCCCGAAAGCCGUCUGGUCCCUGUUUCAAGUGUGGGAGAGAAGGCCAUUGGGCCCGGGCUUGCACCGCCGGCCCACGAAGGGCACCAACAAAGCCUUGUCCAAACUGUUACCAAAAGGGUCACUGGUCAGCUGACUGUCCUAACGUCCCAAGUGACGUAGGAACGCCAGAUGAAGACCACCCUUCAGCUGACUUUGUAGGCUUGGCUUACAGCGAGGACUGACGCUGCCCGGUUUCCGCCCCGGCCACUCCCAUCUCACACAGGGAACCUAGGGUAACUAUAAAGGUCAAUGGGCGCCCCAUCUCGUUCCUUUUGGACACCGGAGCUACCUACUCUGUCCUGAGAGAGUUUUGGAGGCCCACCUCUCCUGCUCGUCUCCCUAUUGUCGGGGUUGGGGGACAGCCUUAUCUACCUCAUCAGACACCACCACUCAAUUGCAUUUUCAGAGGCAUCCCUCUCACACACACGUUCUUAGUGGUGCCAAGCUGCCCUGUACCUUUAAUGGGGAGGGAUCUUCUAGCUAAGGUAGGAGCGUCCAUUUCUUUCGCUCCACACAUUCGCUCCAUCCCAGACGCGCCAGCAGCUCCUUUACUUUUACUUCUAGCCAUUCACUCUUCUGACUCUAACAAUUCUUUUCCCCUACCAGCCUCUCAGGUAGACCCAAAAGUCUGGGAUACCCAGAACCCUUCUAUUGCUAGACACCAUCAGCCUGUUAUUAUCCAGCUACAAGAUCCUGCAAGGUAUAUCACCCAAGCUCAGUAUCCUCUCUCACUCCAGAGCCUGAGAGGACUUAAGCCUAUCAUUUCUGACCUUCUCAGGAAAAAGCUGCUUCGCCUAACCUCUUCACCUUUUAACACUCCCAUUCUUGCAGUUAAAAAGUCUAAUGGAACCUACCGCCUGGUUCAAGACCUCCGGCUCAUUAACUCUGCAGUGGUCCCUCUCCAUCCUGUAGUGCCUAACCCUUAUACUCUCCUGUCCACUAUCCCUUCAGGAACCUCUCACUUCUCAGUUCUAGAUCUCAAAGACGCCUUCUUUUCUAUCCCUCUCAGUCCUCAGUCUCAAAAUAUCUUUGCUUUUACCUGGACUGACCCUGACACCCACCGGUCCACACAGCUGACCUGGACUGUUCUGCCACAGGGAUUCAGAGACAGUCCACACCUGUUUGGUCAGGCUCUGGCCUCUGACCUGCUUUCUCUGUCUCUCCCUGGCUCUAAACUAAUACAGUAUGUAGAUGAUAUUUUACUCUGUAGCCCAUCCUUACAGGUUAGCCAAACUAACACCUCUGCUCUCCUAAAUUUCUUAUCCAGCCGGGGUUACAGGGUAUCUCCUUCUAAAGUUCAGCUGUCAACUCCCCAGGUCACCUAUUUAGGCCUAUCCAUUACUCCAACUCACAAGGCUAUUACUGUAGACAGAAAGCGUCUAAUCCAGUCCCUCACAGUCCCUUCUACUAAACAGGAGAUUCUGUCUUUCCUAGGAAUAGCGGGUUUUGUACGGUCCUGGGUUCCAUCUUUUUCUCUCCUUGCUCGCCCCUUAUACGAGGCAGCUCAGGGCUCACCGCACGAGCCCCUCCUUCAUCCUGUCACUAAACCUUUCCAAAGGCUCCAGCAGGCUCUUCUUCAGGCCCCAGCGCUCCACCUCCCAGACUUAACCCGUCCCUUUUCCCUCUAUGUAGCAGAGAAAGAGGGAUUUGCCCUGGGAACUCUAGGACAUCAGCUGGGACCUUCCUUUGCACCUGUAGCCUAUCUGUCAAAGAAGCUAGACCUUACCAGUCAGGGCUGGGCACCUUGCAUCCGUGCCUUAGCAGCUGCAGAGCUCCUUAUUCGGGAAUCAAAGAAGUUAAGUUUUGGGUCAUCUAUUACUGUUUUCUCUCAUCAUAAUCUGUCCCAUCUUUUAACUUAUAAAGGCUUACAAACUUUACCUCCUUCCCGAGUUCUUUCUCUCCAGGUGGCAUUACUAGAGGAUGCGACGCUUACUUUCCGGACCUGUCCACCUCUCAAUAUUUCAAGCCUCCUUCCUCAACCUAACGCUGACUAUUCUCCUUCUCAUUCCUGCACUGAAACUUUAGAAGAGCUGCUACCUCACCCUUCACACAUACAGGAGGGCACAUUGCCUCAGGCUACUUAUACUUGGUACACAGAUGGCAGCUCCUUCUUAUAUGAAGGGACCCGUAAAGCGGGUUAUGCCAUAGUGUCAGAUACUGAGAUAGUAGAGGCACAGGCAUUACCCACACACACCACCAACCAACAGGCUGAGCUGAUAGCUCUCACUCGUGCCUUCCAAUUGGCACAGGGACAAUCUUUAAAUGUUUACACAGACUCCAAAUAUGCUUUUCAUAUUCUCCUGUCCCACGCUGCUAUUUGGAGGGAGCGUGGCCUUCUCACAACAAAAGGGGGAUCCAUAUCUAACUCAGGCCAAAUAAUGGCCAUGCUGGAGGCUUCCCACCUCCCCAGAGCUAUAGGAAUUGUCCACUGCCGGUCUCAUCAGACGGAUAGCUCCAUCAUCUCUAGGGGAAACAACCGGGCUGACCAGGCAGCCAGGACAGCGGCCCUCCAGGGCCAAGUCUCACCUCACCCACCACAGGGAAUCCAUACAGUACAGCCUACACCCUCACAGGGAACUCCAGACACUAGACAAAUUCUGUCCUAUCUACACCAGCUCUUUCAUCCUAAUAAUCUUGCUCUGUCUCAAUUCGUAAAAGCUCACCUGCAGCCCACCUCUGAGGAUUUACAGUUCUUAAGAACUAUUACUGCUUCUUGUGAGAUCUGCCAAAAAACAGAUCCCAAUACCAAGUACAGGAGUCAGCCUUUUCCCACCCACCAGGCUAGAGGUUCCCUUCCGGGGAGUGACUGGCAGCUCGAUUUUACCCAUAUGCCCACCGUCAGGAAAGUUAAGUAUCUCCUCGUGAUGGUGGACUCAUUUUCAAAUUGGGUGGAGGCAUAUCCGGUUUCUAAUAAGCGGGCUCAGACAGUUGCAGACCUCCUUCUCCGAGAAAUUAUUCCUCGGUUUGGAGUCCCUGCUUCUCUCCAGUCUGACAAUGGCCCAGAAUUUACUUCUCAGAUUUCUCAGACACUAGCUAAGGCGUUAAAUAUUCCCUGGAAUUUCCAUAUCCCAUACUGUCCUCAAUCCUCAGGUAAGGUGGAGCGUACCAACCGGUCUUUAAAAACUAUUCUUACUAAGAUGUCACAGGAACUUCAUCUCGACUGGGUAAGAUUAUUGCCUUUAGCUCUCCUCAGGCUCAGGGCUCUUCCUAAAAAGCCUCUUUCAAUUUCUCCGUUUGAACUAAUGUAUGGAAGGCCAGUUCUAACACCAGGUCUUUUAUCCAAACCUCCAACUAUUCCAGAUAGCCUGUUAACUCCUCUUUUAUGUCACCUAAGGUCUAUUCUAUGGAGCUACGCAGACUGUUCAUUACCUCAGCCGUGUGACAAUAAUUGUCCACCUCCAAUACAGAUUGGGGAUCAGGUCCUUCUUUUCCCUCCAGGCCAGCGCCCUUUACCCCUUUCCCCUAAGUGGCAGGGACCCUUCAAGGUAAUUCUUGUGACUCCUACAGCUGCUAAACUCGAAGGCUUUCCUCACUGGGUCCACCUGUCUCAUCUAAAACCUUUUAUCUCACCUCCAUCCCAGAAAAAUCUCUCUUCAUAUACAGUCAAACAAACAGGGCCUCUCACUCUCAAGCUCCAGAGGACACCAGGAUCCACUGCCUUGUCACCAAUUCCAGAGAAAUAAGGUAUCACCCCUUCAUUUCCCAACCAGGGCCACACAGAGCCGGAGGCAAAAAGGACCAUCAAAAAUAUCCAGGCGGUAAGGAAUAACGUAAUGCAAUAAUCUAUCAUUGUUCAAUAUUCAGCACCUGAUCACCUGCGUUUCCUAAAUGCUAACCUAAUAAGGGAAACAGGUGCCUUAAAUAAACUACCUCUAAUAAGGCUUGUCUCAGAUACAGAUCAAGCAGAGUACUAAGUCCAGAUCUACCUCAGGUAAAUAUCACAUGUCUCUAUCUGGACAGGCCAGAUCUACCUCAGACAAAUGCCAACUCCAAAAUAAAAUAAUAAUGAUUCUUUCUCUCUAAGCCUUUUCUAUGUCAACAGUAUCUUGUCAAACAGAAGGUUCCCAGCCACAGCACGGAUGGACAGCCACAGAACGAGGGGACGGCAGAACUUCAUUCCAGGACCUGCCCACCACCAUCCCAGGACUUCACAAGAUACCCUCUCAUCCCCCUGCUCCCCAAGAGCCAACCAACGCCCACUAUUCAGCUGGAAGCAGUCUUUGAGAGAAACGUCGCCCCCAUACCCAGCCAACCACAAUUUUUUCUUUUUUAAAAAGAAAGAGUCAGGAAUGAAAGGUUUACAACAAGCCCCCACGGUCAGGCGUGUCUGCCUAUGCCUGGCGGAUACUUCCGCCUGGCUAGGUCCAGGUCCAGAUAGCCAUUUCCGGGUCAGGGCAUCUCGCGGGACCAAGAUCCAUGACGUCCCACUAGCCACGUAAGCGCGCAACGUGGCCAUGUGAUCUACGCGCUUGCGUGUAGUAGUGACGCUGAUCUGUCCACGCCCAGCCUUUAAAAUCAGGCGCCAUGUUCCCGGUUCCUUCUUCCUCUCCACACACGUGUUUCCCACAGGCCUGCUCACUCUCUGUCCCUUUAAUAAAACUCUUGUUAGCGGA